CUGCAUUCCAUCAUGCCCAAAGCCUUCCUGCUGCUGUGCGUUGCCCUGGUGCUACUUGGGCUUGUGCAUGGAGCCACAUUGAGAAACAGAGAGAAAUGGAAGUCACUCAACAACCCCAGAAACCGAGAUCUGUUUUUCAGAACCCUUCAGGCAUAUUUUAAGGGAAGAGGUCUUGAUCUUGGGAGGUUUCCAAACACUUUCUCCAUGAAUGGGAAUCCUAGACCUCUCUCUUUCCAAUCAGAACUUCUUGCUUCUGCAUUUGCAGAUUAUGAAGAGCAGAAAAACUCCUUUCCUAAUUACGUCAAAGGCUGA